GAUGAGAGGGGGAAGGUAGGAACCGCAAGCGAAGAGGAAACGACGAGAAGGAACCGGCCGGCGAGCAGAAAGAGGCGACGAGUAGUGCUUGGCGUACGGUUUGUGUUGUGUGCGCGCUACCCGUCGAGACAGGCUCCAGCGGAGUGUACGCUUUUACAAGAACAGGUCAUCGCAGCGCGAACGAACAAGAGGGAAAGCGUCUGCUACGCGACAAGAGAGUGGUACUCGGAGUGGAGUAAAAUCGCGAAUAAAGAGACAGAAAGAGGAAGAGAAAAAGAAAGCGAGAAGAGAGAGAGAGAGAGAAAGAGAAAGAAGGAAGAAAGAAAUAAAGAAAGAGAAAGCGAGCAAGAGAGAAAGGUAGAGAGAAAAGAAAAAAAGGAAGAAAAACGCAGCAGCAGCAAGAAUGACGAUGGCAACCGAGACGGAGAACAACGGGCCCGAGAGCAAGGAAAUCAAGGACGUGAAGGAGAUGAAAGAGGCGCUGAAGGACGACGCGCCGCCGGAUAACAAGCAGGAGGAGAAGGACACGGCCAAGAAGGACGAGGCGGUCGGCAAGAAGGACGACGACGCCGCCGCCGCCGCCGCGGCCGCUGCGGGCGGCACGAACGCGGCGCCGGCGAAGGCCAGCACCGUGCACCACCCGGACUACGAGAAGGAUGUUGUUUACUUGUAUCAGUUCCCGCGUACUCCGCUGCUACCGUCUCUGUCACCAUACGGUCUCAAGGUGGAGACAUGGUUGCGACUCAACGGCAUCAAAUAUGAGAAUGUCGAUCACAAGAUGAAGUUCCGCUCCAAGAAGGGCCAGCUACCGUUCGUUGAAUUGAACGGCGAAGAGAUCGCGGACAGCACGAUCAUCCUGCGGGAGCUGAGUCAGAAGUUCGGCAAAGACUUGGACGCCGGUCUUACGUCCGAGCAGCGGAGCGUUUCUCAUGCCAUGAUAUCGAUGAUCGAGAAUCACCUGGUCUGGGUGGUCGCGUGCUGGCGCACGAAGAAUCUGGAUCAGGUCCUCAAGGGCUACAAGGUCAAUCUCCAGCUCGCCCUGGGAUCACGUAUUCCCAAUGCUAUCCUCAAUUUCUUCUUUAAGCUCACGUUCGGACGCAAGUUGGAUUGGUUACAGGGUGCAAGGAAAGUGAAGGCUCAGGGAAUGGGCGUGCACAGUCCGGAGGAAGUGUCCCAGUUCGGCUGUACCGAUCUCAAGGUGCUCUCGGACACGCUCGCUGACAAGCCCUUCUUCUUCGGCGACGAGCCGACUACUAUGGAUGUCGUAGCGUUCGCGCAUCUCGCUCAAAUUCUGUAUAUCGACAAAGACACGCCCUACAGCCUGCGAGACUACAUGCAGGAGAACUGUCCCAACUUGGUUGGCCAUUGCUCGCGCGUUAAGGAACGAUGCUUCCCGGACUGGGAUGAAAUUUGCUCCAGCUUGGACAUGAACACGCAUCUGCCCAAGCCCGAGAAGCAAGAAGAGAAGGAAGGCAAGGAGGAGGCGAAGGAGUCUAAGGAGUCUAAGGAGGAGAAGGAGGGCGACAAGGAGAAGGCGGACAAGGAGGAGAAAGAGGUUGAGAAAGACAAGGAGGUUGAUGAAAACAAAGAAAAAGAGAAGGAUGGCAAAUAAGCGGUCUCGUUGUGAAGGGAAGUAAUAAGUCGUUUCAAGGCGAUUUAAAAGCGAAGUCGCGAAGGUGUACGAAGGCGAAUAAAUAAAGAUAGGGAGAGAAGCGGUUGAUGAUCUGCAUGAUGAGUGUGCGUGAAUGCGUGAGCGCGUGGUUGUGUGUGAAUGUGACGACUAUGGAGACGCGAGAAUGUGAUGUAGAGAGCACGUAUAGUAUGGUGUGAAGAGGGACGGGAGUUGCCGGAAGUGAUAGAUAGCGGGUGUACGAAUGAGAGAGGGACAGAGAGAGAGAGAGAGAGAAAGAGAGAGAGAGAGAGAGAGAAUGAGAGAUUUAGAG